CUGUGCAUACCAGUGCGAGCCGUAAACCAAAAUGGCGGCAAGAACACUUGACAGUUUAUGUUGCUUUCCAGUAGUCAUUUGUUUUCGCGCUCGUGAACCUCGUGUGCACCGUGUGAUUAUGUGAACAAGUGCAUAAAAACACUAUUAUCAACACAGUCGGUGAGUUAUAAUUUCUUCUGCUAUACAAUUUAAAUUGAACAAUUUACAAUAGGAAGAUUCUGAUGACGCGAUGACAUUACAUUGGUGGAUGCACUGGUUUUGGAUUACGGGAAUCCUGGCAGUCCCCUUGCCAUCGACAACAGAAGGGCCUAAAUUACAAGACGAAAAUCAAAUGUCGACUACAGAUUCAACUGUACAUUCGACAACAAUAACGAAAUUAGAUGAUAAUAAAAAUAAUAAUAACAAUAAUAGUAAUAGUAAUUCAAGUACUGAAAAUUUUAGAAUAGCCAAAGCCAUUGGCGUAUCUUCGUCUGUGAAUGCCGAAAAAAUAAUUCCCAUAAAACAUUCAACACCUGCGAUGGGUGAUAUUCUCACACUUGGUGUUUAUAAUGAUAAAGUUCCAGUGAUUAGAAUGCCAAUAGUGAAAAAGGAUAGUAAAAUUUCUUGGAUUAUAACAUCAAAUAAAACGAGUAGAACAAAAUAUGAUGAAAAAAUGUUGUCAUCAUCGUCAUCGGAGAUUGUUAAAAAUUUCAGUACCAGUGAAUAUGAGAGCCUCACUGUCUUGCCUUUACAAGAGGAAAUAUCAAGAUUUAAACUAGUCGUUAAUAAUAAAAGUACUCCAUUCUCAGCUACUGGUGGAAAAUUAAGAACUGUCAAUGUUUCUGAGGAUUUACUAGUUGAGGAAGAUCUCACCGCUCCACAAUUAAUUGCCACCGCUUCAUCUAUACUUGAUGCUGAAUUAAGCGAUUCAACGAGACUCAGCCGUGCAAGAAGUGCUUUCUCGAGUGAUUUUCAAAGAGAUCAAAAACACGAUGAAAGUCCACGAUCCCAAAGUAGCGAUAGUGGCAAAAAUUGUCCUGAUGAUGUAGAAGACAAUGGUGCUUCUGUUGCAGAUAUUGCGAUAAUCACUGGUAGUUGUUUGGCGAGCCUCGCAUUACUGAGCACAUUGGUGACAGUAGGAUUUAUUAUGUAUAGAAAAAAAUAUUUAAAUCCACCUCAAAGUUUAAACAGCGACAAGUGUAGCAAUCCUGACAGUUCUGGUUACAUUGAUGAUUCUACAAUUAGAGAUAAUUCAGAAGAAAUGUAUAGUCUGGACAAUGAUUCAUUUUUAAAUUCAUUGGAGGCAAUGACAAUACAAAAUUAUUGGACGGACAGCGUGAAACACACAAAACUGUGACAAAAAUAUUUAUCGAUGAUGCAAAAUCAAUGGGCGUUAUCGAAAUAAUCAUCAGUUGUUGGGAAGAGAUUAAAAGAAGCGCUUUACAGAGUACUUAAGCGUUUACGAACGCCUAUUUAUUAUACUAAAUUAUUACCUACUCAUUAAUGAGCUUAGAUUAUAAGGGGAAAAAAAGCUCAUCACAAAUGCUUCCAAAGGGAUUAAAUCGAUGAAAAUUUCCUCCAAAAGUUCUUUUUUUUCAAAAUUUUCUGAAAUAUGUUUAUUUCAGUUUACUAAAUUAUUUAAAAAAAAACCGAAUUUUUAUUAAAAUUUACACAAAUUUGUGUAAAAUAUUCAAAUUAUACACGAAAAGAAUUUGGAGUAAUUUUCUGACAAGAUUAACCUUCGAAAAGCUAAAAACUAAAAAAAAAAACAUCACGCACGUAUUAUUACACAUACUUAACUAUUUUCAGAAUAAGAAAUUUGAAGGAUUUUAAUUAUUAUCUAAA